UUUAAACGAAUGCAUAUGCGGAUCGGAUUUUAAGCGGAUCGGAUAUACAAUUACCAAAUCCAUAUCCGUUUAGUAAUCGGAUAUCCUUAAUCGGAUACGGAUAAUAUUCGUUUAAAACGGAUACAGAUAUUUCCUUUUUAAACGGAUACGGAUGCGGACUGUAAUCGGAUUUUCGGCUAUCUUUUAAGGCCCUACAUAAGAGUGAGGAAUCGCGCAAUCGGUAGAAUCGGAUCGGAGGAAAAUUGGGAGGGAGAGAAUGAGGCUGCGGUACGCAAUGGUGUGCUCAUCGAAUCAGAAUCGGAGCAUGGAGGCCCAUUGCCUGCUCAAGAGGGAGGGUUUCGACGUCUCCUCCUACGGCACUGGUCAGCACGUUAAGCUCCCUGGUCCUUCCCUCAGAGAACCCAACGUCUAUGACUUCGGCACCCCCUAUAAGCUCAUGUUCGAUGAACUCCGCCGCAAAGACCCCGAACUGUACAAGAGGAAUGGGAUUCUGCCGAUGCUCAAAAGGAAUUUGGGCGUGAAGCAUGCCCCUCAACGCUGGCAGGACAAUGCUGAUGAUGGGCCUUUCGAUGUAGUGAUUUCGUUUGAAGAGAAGGUUUUCGAUAUGGUGAUUGAAGAUCUCCAUAACCGUGAUCAACCUCUCAAGAAGCCUGUUCUAGCAAUCAACUUGGAAGUAAAAGACAACCACGAGGAGGCAGCAAUAGGAGGGCGCCUUGCUUUAACAUUGUGCCAGGAGAUUGAAGCUGUUGAAUGUUGGGAGGACGCAAUUGAUAAUAUCAUCAACAAUUUUGAGAGAAAGAAUCGUAGGAAGCUCCUCUAUAGCAUCUCAUAUUAUUGACACCAAUGAUGUACAGCAACCAACAUUCAUGUCUCAAGCAUUACGCCGUGAUGUUAUGCCCAUUCACGAAGUAGGUCCCGUCGACGCUGUCCACAAAGCGAUGCUUAUAAGGACUGCAAAAAGAGUAAGCUGCCCAUCAAUCGUCUGGAGGAUGGGUGGAUGGUUCUUGGUCCGUGAAAAAGAAAAGUGCUGAUUGAAUUUCUAAAACUGCGAAGCUCGUGUAAAACGUCUUGGGCGCGUUUGUUGUGCAUGUGGCAUAUUGAUUACACAGUCAAUGCUUGUGCUAACUCCAUCCCUUUUCUACUCAGAGGUUGCUUGGGAAUAAUUUUUGAGCUUUUACUUCUCCAAAAUAGAGUUUUGAGUCUUUGACAAUCUUGUAUUCUUGUUAAGUUUAUGGAUCCUGGCUCAAGAAGUGUAACUUACGUGCUUAAAGUGGCGUUCUGCAAACUUAGGAAUAACUGUUUUCCGCUGUU